AUGACCCACUCUGUAAACGUUUCUGGAAUCUCCAGCGCCACCACGGAAGCCAAUGUCCACGAUUUCUUCACCUUCUGUGGAAAGAUCGAUAAAAUUGACUUUCAUGGGACCACAGCAACGAUACACUUUGAAAAGUCUUCGGCCGCUAAGACGGCAGUAAUGCUGAACGGCGGUACUCUUGACGGCGCAACCCUCACCGUAACCUCCGACAAGGAGCACGAAGACGACCACACCGACGAUUCUCAUCCCAUCCAGCAGUCCGACAAGCCUAGAGCUGGCAUUGCUGCCGAGUAUCUGGCUAAAGGCUACAUCUUGGGCGACCACAUCCUUACACGUGCGAUCGACAUCGACAACAAGCAAGGCAUCUCGAAGAAGUUCCUCUCGUAUCUCUCCUCGGUCGACAGUGCUGUCGGAGCCAAGGCGUUGGGCCAAGGCCAGACCUUAUCAGGCAAGGCCACGGAAACAGUGACAACGGCGACGCAGCAAGCUAAAAGUUUCGACGAGCAGAAGGGCUACUCUAAGAGCGCUACCGAUUUCUUCAACCAGUACUACUACAAGGCACUCUCGUCGCCAUGGGGAGCCCGCGUUCGCGACUUCUACACCACCACGUCGAAACAGGUGCUCGAUAUACACGAGGAGGCCAAGCGUAUCCAUGCAGAACAUCAGACCACGACGGCUAAUGCACCGGCCGCAGCCCCUGCUCCCGCGUCAGAAGAGAAGAAGACUGCAUGA